AUGCUUCUUGUGCUGGGACGACCAGGCUCCGGAUGUACAUCACUUCUGCGAGUGCUCUCCAACGACCGCGAUAGCUUUGACGAAGUCACCGGCGAGACUAGAUUCGCUAGCAUGGAUCACCAUGAAGCCAAGCAAUAUCGCCAGCAGAUCAUGUUCAACAACGAAGACGAUCUUCACUUCCCUACCCUUACCGUUAAUCGUACGAUGAAGUUCGCACUCCGAAAUAAAAUCCCCGAAGAGCGCCCAGAUCACCUAAACAAUCGCAAGGACUUUGUCUUGAACAAGCGAGAUGACAUUCUGGACUCCCUAGGCAUUGGACACACGAAAAAGAACAUGGUUGGAAAUGAGUUCAUCAGAGGAGUUUCAGGAGGCGAACGUAAACGUGUUUCCCUUGCUGAGGUACUAGCUGGCCAGAGCCCAGUUCAGAUGUGGGAUAAUCCGACACGAGGAUUGGAUUCCAAGUCUGCCCUUGCGUUUGCCAGAAUGCUCCGAUCCGAGGCCGAUCGAAACGAAAAGACGAUCAUCACCACUACUUAUCAAGCGGGCAAUGGCAUCUACGACCAGUUUGACAAGAUCUUGGUCCUGGCCGAAGGUCGUGUCACCUACUCAGGUCCUCGACGGGCAGCAAGAGAAUACUUUGAGAAUCUUGGGUUUAUCUGCCCCAAGGGAGCCAACAUUGCUGACUUUUUGACAUCGGUAACUGUCCUCACUGAGCGCACUGUCCGACCGGGAUGGGAAGGGAAAGUACCAAACACUCCUGAAGAGUUUGAAGCUUGCUUCCAGAGGAGCCCCAUCUACAAGGACCAGAUGGAUGCGAUCGUGGAACCUGAGAAACUCAGCUAUGAGACCGAAGACCUCGCACUGGCGGUAUCCAGUGAAAAGAAGAAGCAACAUAUUCCCCGAAACAAAAGUGUCUAUACAACGAAGCUUUGGGACCAGAUUGGUGCCUGCAUUCUUCGCCAGUUCCAGAUCAUGUGGGGAGACAAGUUUUCUCUUUAUGUGAAGGUUGCCUCGGCCAUCAUACAAGCUUUGGUUUGUGGCUCUUUGUUUUACAACCUAGCAGAGACCAGUGAAUCGAUAUUCCUACGACCCGGUGUUUGCUUCUUCCCCGUUUUAUACUUUCUGCUAGAGUCGAUGUCGGAGACCACUGGCUCCUUCAUGGGCCGUCCAAUUUUGUCUCGGCAGAAGCGGUUCGGCUUCUAUCGCCCCACGGCCUUCGCAAUUGCCAACGCCAUCACCGAUAUUCCAGUUGUGAUAUUCCAAGUCAGCUCUUUCUCGCUGAUCUUAUACUUCAUGGCUGCAAUGCAGAUGAAUGCUGGCAAGUUCUUCAUCUAUUGGGUUAUUGUCAUUGUGCAGACUUUGUGCUUUAUUCAAUUGUUCCGAUCCGUGGGAGCUGUUUGCAAGACAUUUGGAAAUGCAUCAAAGAUCUCCGGGCUACUUUCUACAGUAUUCUUCGUCUAUGGAGGAUAUCUGAUUCCCUUCCAUAAAAUGCACGUCUGGUUCCGUUGGAUCUUCUACCUCAACCCCGGAUCUUAUGCAUUCGAAGCACUCAUGGCCAACGAGUUUGUUGGGCGCAAACUUACAUGCGUCGAGCCUGAUUAUAUUCCAUUCGGCCCCCAAUACGCCAACUCAGCAUCCUCCAACCGUGGAUGCUCAGUACUUGGGAGUGACGAGAAUGGCAUUAUCGAUGGCGCGGCAUACAUUAAAGAGCAGUACAGCUACUCCCCUGGCCACAUCUGGAGAAGCUUCGGCAUCCUGAUCGGAUUUUGGAUUUUCUUCAUCGGCCUGACAGCUCUUGGACUGGAGUUGCGGAACACUCAAAGUGGAUCGUCCGUUUUGCUCUACAAGCGCGGAAGCGAGAGGAAAACCAAUCAGGAUGAGAUCAACAAAAAAGACGCCUCGCCGGAGAAGGAUAUGAACGAAUUGUUGGGUUCAGUCAAACAAUCAACAUUCACAUGGAAAGAUCUUGAUUACCAUGUUCCAUUCCACGGUGAGAAGAAGCAAUUGCUAAACAAAGUGUUUGGGUUCGUUCAACCUGGCAAUUUGGUGGCGCUGAUGGGAGCUUCCGGCGCUGGAAAGACGACGCUAUUGGACGUGCUAGCACAACGAAAAGACAGUGGCGAGAUCAACGGAUCUGUCCUAAUUGAUGGAGUUCCAGUCGGUAUCAGUUUCCAAAGAACAACUGGCUAUUGCGAACAGAUGGAUGUGCAUCUUGAAACAGCCACCGUCAAGGAGGCAUUGGAAUUUUCCGCUGUUCUUCGACAGCCCGCUGAUGUUUCCCACGAAGAAAAGAUCGCAUACGUUGAACACAUCAUCGAUCUUCUGGAACUGCGAGGGAUCAGUGAUGCACUCAUUGGAGUUCCCGGCGCUGGACUAAGUAUCGAGCAACGCAAGCGAGUUACUCUGGGCGUUGAACUGGUCGCCAAGCCAACACUGCUUUUCCUGGACGAACCCACUUCGGGUCUUGACGGACAGAGUGCUUUCAACAUUGUCCGUUUUCUUCGGAAAUUGGUUGAUGGUGGUCAGGCUGUAUUAUGCACAAUCCAUCAACCAUCCGCUGUCCUUUUUGAUGCAUUCGAUGGUCUUCUUCUCCUAGCCAAAGGAGGCAGAAUGUCUUACUUUGGAGAGACCGGAAAAGAAUCAAAGAAGAUUCUAGAAUACUUCUCUCGCAAUGGAGCACCCUGUCCACCAGAAGUCAACCCGGCGGAGCACAUUAUUGACGUUGUUCAAGGGAGUGCGACCGAUAAAACCGACUGGGUUGAAGUUUGGAACCAGUCAGAAGAGCGCAAACUUGCACUUGCUCAACUGGACACGCUCAACGAGUCCAAGAGAGCUCAGUCAGACCAUGUUGAGGAUACAUCCGACUUUGCCACGUCGCACUGGUUCCAGUUUAAGGUGGUUUCGAAACGCCUGAGCAUUCAUAUCUGGCGAUCACCCGACUACAUGUGGAACAAAUUCUUCCUUCACAUUUUCGCCGGUCUGUUCAGUGGAUUCACUUUCUGGAAGAUUGGAGAUGGCACUUUCUCUCUUCAGCUGAGACUCUUUGCAAUCUUCAACUUUAUCUUUGUUGCCCCGGGCUGUAUCAACCAAAUGCAACCGUUCUUCUUGCACAGCCGAGACAUCUUUGAGACUCGAGAGAAAAAGUCCAAAACCUACCACUGGCUGGCUUUCAUUGGGGCGCAAACCAUGACGGAGAUCCCAUAUCUCAUCAUUUGUGCCACAUUGUAUUUUGCAUGCUGGUACUUCACAACGGGCCUCCCCGUAGAGGCUAGUGUUUCUGGCCAUGUCUAUCUGCAGAUGAUCUUCUAUGAAUUACUAUAUACCUCAAUUGGCCAGGCCAUUGCGGCAUAUGCGCCCAACGAGUACUUUGCAGCUGUGAUGAAUCCCGUUCUCAUCGGUGCCGGCCUGGUCAGCUUUUGUGGUGUUGUGGUGCCGUAUUCUUCGAUGCAACCGUUUUGGCGAUACUGGAUCUACUACCUGGAUCCUUUCAACUACCUUGUCGGUGGGCUUUUUGGCGAAGUGAUCUGGGACGUCAAGGUAAAGUGUGAGGCCUCGGAGUUCGUGAAAUUUGCUGCACCCUCUGGUCAAACCUGUGGCCAAUACAUGUCCGACUUCCUGAGCUCCCAGCCCGGCUACCUGCUCGAUGCAAACUCGACUGGAACUUGUUCAUUCUGCCAGUACUCCCAGGGUUCCGACUACGCGAAGACGUUCAACCUCAACGAGAAGUACUACUCGUGGAGAGAUACUGGCAUCACUGCCUUGUUCUGCAUUUCUACUUAUGGGUUGGUUUUCUUGAUGAUGAAGCUCAGAAGCAAGAAGACCAAGAGCGCACGCUCCGAGUAA